GUAACACUUGGGCAGGCUUUAGGUACCGUACAAUCUGGGUAACAGAUUUGUCUUUGGUCUGGUAUACCGGUGUGCUGAUUUACAUAUUUUUACCCCCUCCUGACCAAGAUACCUUCUGCUGAUCCUCUGCAUCAUUACUCAAGCGUGAACUUGAAGGUCGGGAGCUUAGGGGGAAAAGUCGUGUGACACCGUCAGUAAAGAAAACCUGACAGACACAGACGUCAACUCCAUUUGUAGAGUGUUCAUGUAAUCUUGUUUCACUUACACAAAGACGUUUGACUCGGUUGGGUCUGCUGCCUCGUCAGCUGGUGGUAGGGACUACUCAUUUAAAGGGUUGGAGUUUCCUUAGUGGACACUAGAAUUUAUCUACUAAUUUGUUGAGGUUGUCAAAGUGUAGAUGACGUCUUUGGAAAUUUAAAUCACCCAUAUUAUUAUUCACUUCUGCAUGGUCAAUUUUAAGUUGAUUUUAAACAGAUUUGAAAUGACAUGUGAUUUGAAAAACUACUCAGUGGAAAAAUAUGAAUGUGUGUCGCCUUGGAAGGAUUAGUAACAUUUAAAAAGGAUGAACUUAUACAAAGGAUCGGAAGAAUAGUUUAUAAUCAAACGGUGCAGUGUGUUAAGAUAUGAGUGACAUACUCAUGGCUAAGUGAGGAAUCGAAAUUGACAACUGGUUUUGAUAAAAGUGCAAAACCGUUGGUAAGGUUAAAUGUAGGUUUCCAGGAUCAACAGUCAUGAUCUGUCAGGAGAGAUUUAAUGUUCUCUGUUAAAUCUUAUUGUGUUAGUGUGUAUUAAUCGCCAGGAUGCUAAGCAGUUACUUCGUGGACGUUGACAAGCGUCGGGCCUCCUUCAGGAGGACCAGAAUGGAUGAUGACGACUACCGCACAGAAAGCGAAGUCGAGUAUGACAGUGACCAUGAAGACCAGGAUGCUGAGCAGGAGCUUGGACAAUGGAUAGGCCAGCUCGAAUCCCUGAAGAUGGAGGAGCCUGCUCCACACCAGUGCUUGGAGCCAGGGGAUACCGGAACAGUUCGACGACGAAACAAAACGGUGGUGACCCCUAAAAUGGCGAUGGAGAGUUUUCGGUUUUCUUUCCUCAACUCAGAAGAAGCCCAGGAUGUGAAUUUCGAUGCAAUUCUCGGGGAACUAUGUGAAUUGGAAACGCAACUAAGCACAACACAAUCAGAGCUCUCCCGGUCUCAUGGUUCGGGCAUGUCAUCGGGGCUGGCGAAGGACGAACAUCGAGAUAGCGGCAACGACUUAGCGCAGGCGGAACUGGACGCGCUGGCGACAGAAAUUACUCAAACGUUUGGAUAUAGGCAUAGUGUGCAAUAUGGUGGUGAUCAUGAAUUUCUUCAUGGAAAUUUUUUAUCAAAACAUGGAUCGUGUUCAGAUCUUACCGGUGAAACAGAUUCUGCUUUCUCAGAAAAUGCCUCACUUCCAUCAUCAGAAUCUUUUACGUCAAUGGUUACUGUGUCAUCCUCAGCAGAAACCUCUAGUGGCGGGGAUACCAGUAGCACUGCCAGCAGUGCGAGUACGAUUACGCCACUGUCGAUGCAAGCCUCGGAGAUGCAUGAGAUGCUGAUGUCCCAAUUAAGUUUGUAUGAGGAGCAGCUAGAAUUGGAAAACCACCCCCUUGAAGAACAAAGAUCUCGCUUAAAAGCUGAAAAGAUCCGCAUUGCCCUGGAAAAAAUUAAAGAAGCCAAGAUACGGAAGCUGUUUGUUCGAGCAUUUGCCAAAGAUGGGAGUAGUAAAAGUAUACUUGUGGAUGAAAAGAUGUCCAUCGGUCAAGUUUGUAGUACUCUGGCCGAUAAAAACCAUGUCCGGGUCAACUCAAAGCUUGCUGUUGUGGAACAUAUGCCAGAUUUAUUUAUGGAGAGAAUACUGGAGGAUCACGACUCUUUGGUAGAAAACAUGGUGAUGUGGACGCGAGAUAGUAAAAAUAAGAUAAUGUUUGAGGAACGCCAGGACAAAUACGAUUUGUUUCGAAGGCCAGAGAAAUAUCUGCUUGUGAGUUCCUCGUCAGAGAAAGGGGCCUCACUUGAUCCCAGUAAACGCCAAAGACUUAUUUAUGAAUUUUUCACUGGUGGUGCCCAGGUGCCAGAAGUGGAGGGUGUGAUGUACCUCAAGUCUGACGGCAAAAAGGCCUGGAAGAAAUUCUUCUUUGUUCUGAGGGCUUCAGGUCUCUACUAUAAUCCAAAAGGAAAAAUCAGCAAGUCAUCCAAGGACUUGACCUGUCUCGUUCAGUUUGAUUUCGUGGAUGUGUACUUCGGCCUUGGCUGGAAGAAGAAGUACCAUGCCCCUACUGAUCAUUGCUUCGCUCUCAAGCAUCCUCAAAUUCAGAAGAAGACAUCAAAGUAUAUCCGCUACUUCUGUACGGAGAAUAAGGCUGCGCUGGAUCAGUGGGUUAUGGGAAUUCGUAUAGCCAAGUAUGGGAAACAACUGUUGGCCAACUAUGAACGUCUCCAAAGGGAAGUGGCUUCUUGGGAUACCCGCGAUCUGCGAACUAGCAUAUCUGACGAUACUUGUGAAACUAUUCUUAAUCUAAACACAGAGGGAAAUUUAAAUGACAGCAGGAUCUCGUUGCCCGAGCCCGGAUCACGACAUUCAAUUGUUGCAUUGAAAACUGCAAAUUUAGUGCGGAAUAGUUCCGGGAGUGAUAGUACAAUUGUAGAGGAUGAUGUAGUUGCAUUAGAAGUGACAUCAUCACAUCCUCAUCAUCAACAUGAAAGGAAACCUUCAUUGACUGGACAGCAUUGUAUGGAAAUGGGCGGUAUGCCAAAACAACCAGUGAAACGUGUCUCCUUUAGCAAUACCCAUAGUGUAAUAAACGCAGACUCGGGAGAGGAGUUGGUACAUGUACGCCAUCGUGACUCAAUCACUAGUGCUUCAACUGAUUCAAGUGAGGAUUCAAAUUCAAGUGGUGAAAACAGACACGCCAUGUCGUCAUCUAGGAGUAAGAUGCGUGCAAAGCUUCCUGUAACAACCGGUACAACAAGACAGAUUUCUGAAAUGUACCAAACUGCAAUGGAGGGUAGUAGUGUGUCGUCAUGUGAGUCUAUGGGUCACGAACGCAAGCCAUCAAUAACAAGUCCAGUACAAAUCCAAGACAAGGAGCGUAGAAAAUCGGCACCAGCGCUUCAUGAGGAUCGUGUGAGACGACAUGAAAGAAAGGGGUCAGAUGGUAGUCGGGAUAGUCGGGAUAGUCGGGACAGCCGGGAUAGUCGGGAUAGUCGGGAUUCCAAGUCCCUGUCCCAGUCUCUGGAUUAUACUGUCAUCCCCUCAAACCCUUCAUCAAAAAACACUUCCCCACAAAAUCUGCAUGCCCUAAAUAAGGUACCUCCCUCCCCACCACCUCUCAAAUGUCCCACACAGCCCUACCCCACAUGCCAUCCCGUGAUUCCAGCCUCUCCCUCAUCCUCUAGUCAGGCCCCACCCCUCAAACUCAUGAUGCCAACCUCCCCAGCCCCACAACGUGAGAUGGUGUCUUCUCCACCCCCAUACAGAGAAAUGAUGUCUCCUCCUCCCCAUCCCCCUUACUGCCGGGAGGAGAUGAUGUCACCCCCACCCCUCCCAUAUUAUGGCAAGUCCCAGGGUAGGGCUCCCCCUGUGCCACCACCCCCAGCUGGUAUUAAGAUGCCACUGCCCCUGAUGUCGCCCCCGGUGAAAUCCCGUCCUGCUCCUCCCCAACCACCACAACAAACCUAUCCCCCUCACUCAAAUUACUCUUCACAGCACUACCCCCAGCCCCCUUCUCCAGCCCCCAUGCCCUCUCCCCCUGUGUCUGCUAAUAAAAGUCCCCCUCCCCCUAUGCCCCCACCAGGACACAUGACAAAGCCCCCAUCACCCCUGCCACUGUCCCAACCUCCUUUGCCCCCUCCACCAACCUCUAUGCUGCAGACUCACAUAUCCCUGGCCCAAAGUAACUUUGCUGAUGGUUCCCCUACCCCUGUAGGCUCUGGUUCCUCAACCUCAUCAGGCAUGUCCUCCCCCUCCACCCCAAAGGGAAUGAUACCCAUGCCUCCACCCAUGCCUCUCCUGCAAAACCAGUAUGUUGGAGGUCAAUCAACCUCGGGUAUGGGCCAUAUUCGUCGAUCAUCGAAGUCUGGGUCAGAGACUCUAGGGGCGUCUCCAAGUAAGGCCGCUAUUCCUGUGGCUCCUCCUACUCCCCCAGCCAUUAUGAACCACUCUGUGACAUCACCAUCUGUCAAAAACCCUAAACAUGCUCAGGUCAUGUCGACCUCUGACCCUAUGAUGGGUGGCAGUGGGGUCAGAACUUCUCUCCCUGAGUCUUCGUCCUCAUCCCAGAUACCUCAGCAUGUUUACGGAGGGCACCAGGGGGCAUAUCAAAGUGGUCACCAGGGGGCACAUCAGAGUGGACACCAAGGGACUCAUCAGGGGCCACAGCAUGGUGGACAACAGGUGCCCUAUUCCUCAGCUUCCCAACAGGAUAACACAAUGUAUGACCAAAUACGUGUACGCCCAGGCCCACAGGCGCGAACUACACACUCAUGUAAUGUACCCCCUCCACCACCACCUGUCUCCAUGGCAAUGCCUCGCCCCCACAGUUCUGCAGGGGUAAGGAGUCAGUCACAGCCCUCACACACUGAUCAAAUGACUCCUUUGUCACCAUCGCAGGAGGAAGGAAUAUAUGAACAGCAACAACCACUUCCAUUUCUAGCAGAACUGUCCAAGAGACCUCAUCAAAAUCGAGGCUCCAAUGGAAAAAUUCCUCCAGCAACUCUGCCGAAACCAACAGAACAAAACCAAUCAAAAACAUCCUCCAACGGUGCUAGUUAUCAUGGAGGUCCUCAUGGGGGCCCUCAUCAUCAGAGUCAUCCCCAUGGGGAGCCCCUGUAUUCUCACGGACAAGGUCAUGCAAACCAGGGGCAACCCCACGGGGGCCACCACUAUCCCUCAAACGGACCAGCAGUCCCCCCAAGGCCAAACUCUGUCAACUCAAACAAAGGGGGAACCAUUGACAAUAAAAAAAUGUUUCCACCACCCCCGCCACGACGGAGUGAAACGACGCGUUUAUCAACUGAACUAGCAGGCCAAAGCGAAAUCUCUGUGCAAACAAAUAUUGACCCUAUUUAUGAAACAUUUGAGGAAUGUGAGGGAAUAAUGGACAUUAACGACCUACCCCCACCUCCUCCAGAACUGCUAGCAGGGUUAGAAAACCCUAUGGACGGAUCUGUAGGCAAAAAGGGAAAACCGCCACCGCCACCCCCUAAACGUAACAAGGAUACACAGCUGACACUGCAAUGAUAUAAAAGUGCUAAUCAAUAUUUGUAAUUCAUAAACUAGGUUCAUUCUAAUUUAAUAUCAUUUUUUACCUAAUAAGAUGCAAACUUCAUUUCUUAACAAUCGAAAGUCAGACUGGAAAAAGUUUACAAUUAACAAAAUGAAAUAGAAGUGUUCCUCUCCGUCCAAAAUUGGAUGGUAGAAGACAAGAGAGAUUAUAAUAGUAUCAGAAGGACAUUUUGGAAUUCUGUUUAGAUUAUCUCCCCUUACCUAGUCCAGACAUGUGGGUUAUAUUUAGUAAUGAGCAAAUGCAAUUAAUUUUGGGAAACAUUAGAUAUCUGAAAUCCCACAUUUAAAAUUGAUUACAUCAACAUCAGAUCUGAAGAUAACAAUGCCCUAGUACAAAGGGAGGUAAUUUGAAACACAAUUAUUUCCAAUGUAUGUCCUGGUACAAAGGGAGGUAAUUUGAAACACAAUUAUUUCCAAUGUAUGUCCUGGUACAAAGGGAGGUCAUUUGAAACAAUUAUUUCCAAUGCAUAUGCCCUGGUACAAAGGGAGGUAAUUUGAAACGAUUUCAUCUUCAUACAAAAUUAUCAAAAUUAAUUAAUAUAUCUAAGUGAAACCUCUGUGAUUUUAAGAAAAAGUGCUAUAUCAUCUUAGUUAUGGUAAAUACAAUAUAUUUAAAAGAAGAUUAGCAAUGUGUACUGUGAGAUCCCUAUACCAGACAUGAACAGACACGGGGAAUGAUGUUAACAGAGGUUCUAUUGUGUUAUAGUCAAACGAGGAUUAAAGUUAUCGUGUCAUAUUACUCAUUAUUCAUUUGCAUCAAAAAAUGCAUCAAAAAUGCAAGUAUUUUAUGUAAAUUGCAUUUAUAUUUAUAAAUGGUAGAAAUGCAUGGCAUUUGUUUUCAUCCAGAUAAACAAUGUACAUAUUUCACUACGAGAUAAUAGUCACUGCAGCAAUAACUUGUAUGGUGAUUGAAGUAAGAAGUGCUAAUGGUCAGUGAUAGGUGUAGGGUGUCGGUGACCAUUGUUGUUGUGUAUUUGUGAUGAAGGUAAGGCCAUACAGUUCUACCCUACAUACGUGAAGCUGUGUGUGUUAUUGAAAGAUGUGUGCUCAUUUGCCCUGCAAUAUUAAAUCAUUUUUGAAAUUUUAUGUGAUGAAAAUGUUGCUGUAACAUUAGUGCUAAUAUUUUGAGUGGUGUAUAUAGGCUUAUAUAUCCUCCUACUUGUUACCUUAUACUGGGUGUAACCUACAUACAAUUUGUGUGAACAGCCAUAUCACACUAGCAGCAGUAAAAAUUAAAUUAUAUAGAUAUAGAGAGUCCCAUCACUUGUCAGCAGUAUAUACAGGACUUGAUCAGCAGUAUAUACAGGAUUACAGGACUUGAUCAGUUAUUUCCCUGUUAAAUCACAUCAUUUCCCCUAUAUAUUCAUAUGAAGAUGAUCUAUUGCAGGGCUGUCAAUUCCGUCUUUUCGUAUUGCAGAGUUAUCUGCUCUUGUGAGCAGGUAUUGAUUGUUACGUCAUUGGUUUGUGAGA